CUCCUCUUUGUCAGAUCCAAUCGACAAAGUUCCGUGCCGUCCUAUCCAGGCACAAUCCCUCGUUGAUACUAGUAUUUGAGAGGCGAGGCACAAACACGAAGUAUUGGGCUGACGGCUGACGCUGACUGGCUAUGAAGGAUCCGAGGUCCCUUUCCUCCGUUCUGCUGCUAUUGAUGGGCACUACCUGGGUACCUGGGUACUUGUGCACCCCCUCCCGUUAACGGCUCACGGUGGGGCCAUCCCAUCCUGGCAGUCCUGGCCAGAAUCCCAUCCUCUGAUUCGGCGCCCGUUAAAUAACGUGCCGGCCAGAAGCAGCCAAAACUGGAUCCUGCACAGACGCUCGCCCAGUAGCGCCCCCACCCCCCUACUGGCUACCCCUGCUUUCUGUCGUCCGCCAUCUCGCCUGCACCGUCCAUGGCAGCCAUGGCUCAAGCCCACCUAAUCUCCCGAGAACCACCCCAUCGUCGCCUUUUGUAUAAAGCACUAUGGCCUCGUGCACUGUCGCCUCCUGGUCCCUCCCUCCCUCCUCCUUUCUCCUCCACCCUCACACUCACUAUCAAUCGCUACAACCCUGACUUUCGAGUCAAUUUCAUUCGUUAACCAGCUCUCAACAACACCGCAAAGGACCAACAAUCCACAUCUCCCAACCCGGACAACUCAAAAAAAAGUCACUCUUCCGAGUCUCUUAAUUUUAAUACCCGACCCCGACCGUCAACAUGAAGUUCUCCGCUGCCGCCGUUCUCGCCGUCGCCGCUGGUGCCUCCGCCUGGGAGAAUGUCACCUACACCACCGAGAUUGUGACUGCCAUCACCACCUUCUGCCCCGAGGCCACCACCUUCGCCCACGCCGGUUCCACCUACACCGUCUCCUCGGCCACCACCCUGACCAUCACCGACUGCCCUGGUGGGUGCACCAUCACCAAGCCGGUGACCACCAUCUCCUCGGUCGCCUGCAGCACCUGCGCUGCCCCCAGCCCCCCGGUCUACCCCAACGGAACCGCCCCGGCCGUGCCCACCACCGCCGUCGGCACCGGCUCCCUGCCCACCACCACCGGCUCCAGCCCCGAGACCACCGCCCCCGUCACCGCCGGUGCCGGCAAGGCCGUCGCCAUGUCCGGCGCCGGCCUGGCUGGUGUUCUGGGCCUGGCUGCUUUCUUCCUGUAGAUUUUACUCAUCUGAAGGAAGCGGGCUGGUUAGACGACGCGAGGAGACGACCUAGUUAGAGCGGGUCCGCCAAAGGGGAUUGGCUUGAUACCAGGGAUCUUUUGUUGACUUUUCUCUUCUUCUGCAUCGCCUUUUUGGAGUUUAGAUGGGCAUCGCGUUGCAGGGGGGGAUGAGGGAUAUUUUUGAACAUGUUUGUUCUGGAUAUGGGGAGGAGGGCCUUGCAAUGUUGUUUGAUCUAUUCCUUUUGGUCUUUUUACUAUUACAGACAGCACCCGAAACCUGCUAGUGUUAAGAUCUAAUUGGAAAAGAAAGCAAAGAUACCAUUCUUCAAUCUCGAUGUCUGACGGAAAAUCCUCCGCAUUGGAUCGAUCACCAAACAGUGGUAGCAAGCUCUUAUGUUUCGGCUAUUUUUUAUGUGGAACAUCUGACAAUUCUGAUUUGGUUCCUCGUGCUAUACGUUCCUUUUCACGGCUUUAGAACAACGAGCUCUUUUUCUCAUCAAAUUCUGCUGCUGGACGUUUUUAUGGCCUCUUUUGUUGGCGGCAUCGGACUUGUCUGUCCACACAUACAACACAUAUUUUUUCUAGGCAGGUGGGUACAUAUCAAACAAUGCUGGGAGGCCAGUUUUGGUCCGGCGCAGAGACAGAUGUCCGCUAUUCCCUCUGUCCCU